AAAUUUCCGAUUUUCAGACAGCUAGAAAUUUUAGACCCAAUCGAUACAUAUCAAAGCGCGCUCACCUCACGUUACGAAUAUGUUUUUACGAGGAUGAAGCGACCCUAGGGUUUCUGAACGGGUGUCGUGCUAUGGUGAACUCAUUCUUGCUCCCCUUCAUCUUAUCUUUUCUAAAUGUAUUAGGUUCUUUCACGUACUACUGCAGCAUUGAGUAACAGUGAGCUCAACAGGUCACUGGUCAUCUUCGGUGUGGCAAAGAGAAUCGUUUACAGCUGCCAGUCAGAACCCUUAAGUUCUAGGUUUCAUUUCAUGCUCGAAGACUUGCUUAGCAGGUGCCAUCAGUUCCUGACCUGUUAUUCAUUUCAAGAUAAUUAUCUAUCAAGAAAUGGCUACAGGCUCAGUAGUGGGGGACAGAGUAAAGGGAUUAAUCUCAGGUAACGCAGAUGGCCUACCACGUCCAGCGUACCAUCAACACUCUGAUUACAUCUGGACCACCAGCAGGCGCACUGGCACUUGCUGCCGCAGCGGUCAAGCGUGCGCUGCAAGUCUGGAAGAAAGGGGUCAACACGUUGGCCGGAAAACAGUCCAAGAAUUCUCCUGACAGUUUCGGCGAAGAUCCUUGGGGCGCAAUAGCAAAGCAGCAUUACAAGAACACCUGGGCACUAUCAACGGAGAAAUGGAAUGAGAUUUACCUGCGUUGCCGGGAGUUUAGCGCAGGCAGGAAAGGGGAUGAUGAAGACUCAGAUGAAGAUUCGGGGGAAGAAAGCGAUGAAGUGGAUAUGUCUGAGUAAAGUAUUCAAGUGCCAGUGAAGAUUCAAGCCUCAACGGGGGUCAUAGUACGCAGUGUCUCCUAUGGACGAACUAAAGACAGUGUAGUCGAUUAGAUUGCUAUUUUUGUGCUUUGUUGGUACAUCAUUU